CGGCUCAGUCUGCACAGAGGGGCUGCGGCAGAAGGAGGUCUCAGAGCAGGCUCUGCCACUCAGGUCACCAUGUACAGCUUCAUGGGUGGCGGCCUCUUCUGUGCCUGGGUGGGGACCGUGCUGCUGGUGGUGGCCACGGCCACAGACCACUGGAUGCAGUACCGGCUGUCGGGCUCCUUUGCCCACCAGGGCCUGUGGCGGUACUGCCUGGGCACCAAGUGCUACCUGCAGACAGAGAGCAUCGCCUACUGGAAUGCCACCCGGGCCUUCAUGAUCCUGUCUGCUCUGUGUGCCACGGCCGGCAUCAUCAUGGGCAUCCUAGCCUUCGCUCAGCAGUCCACCUUCACUCGCCUCUCCCGGCCCUUCUCAGCAGGCAUCAUGUUCUUGGCCUCCACCCUCUUCGUCCUGUUGGCCUUGGCCAUUUACACCGGAGUCACUGUCAGCUUCCUGGGCCGGCGCUUUGGGGACUGGCGCUUUUCCUGGUCAUACAUCCUGGGCUGGGUGUCUCUGCUUAUGACCUUCUUUGCAGGGAUUUUCUACAUGUGCGCCUACCGCAUGCAUGAGUGUCGCCGCCUGUCCACCCCGCGCUGACUGCUGACCAAGCCGCGGCAGCUGGAAGCUAAGCCGAGGUCACUGGAGAGGAGAGGGAGGGUCUGGAGGUCCCAGUUCCUGGGGGAAUGAGGAGGCUCAGCCCUGGCCUCUGGGUGGAGCCCCUGACUCCUGCAUCCUGUCCCGAGGAGGAAGGGGGGAGUGGACAAGAACGGAGCCCCCACCUACCCCUUGGGUUGUUAGUACAAUGGCAAAUUCUUUAGAGGGUCUAAUAAAACUGAGGUGAAACCAGGCCCAAGUGUGAAUUGUUGAGGGGAUGGGGUGGGAAGAAACAGAGGCUGGUGGGUGGGUGGAAGGGAGGGAGGGAGGGGUGCUGUGUGAUGGUGGGCCCACAUUUUUCAGUUUCUGGAGACCUGGGAACAGAAGACUCGUUCCUCACCCAGAAUACUUCACCUUCUAGAAAAGUUGACUUCCACUCCUAGAAAUGGAUGGACAGGCAGCUCCCCCCCCCAGGAUCCUCUCCCCUCCCAGCUCCUAGCUGGGCCUCCCCAACCUGGCCUCUUCACACUGACCAUGACCUUGACUUUAACCUUUGCUCCAUCCACUCAUUCAUGGGCUUCUUCUUCAAAUGUUUACCCAGUGCCACAGGCUUUACUGAGUGGAUUCUAAUCAUGAGAAUAUUUAUGACAUCCCAUGCUAAUAAAUGUUAUAUGAAUAGAAUCUCAGUCCCAGAAGUGUGAUUUAUUAAGUUCUUUGCAAAUAAUAGUAGCUCUGUAUUUAUAGAGGUGCCUUGUGAUCAUAAUGGAAAAUGAAACCUCAUUGUGAUAAUAAUUUAUCAGGGCCCAUGUAAGUGGAAAUAUUGAGGCUUAUUCUAGAGGUAAUAAUGAUGUCAGAAGGAUAACUCCAGGCUGGGUGUUGAUGGCUCACGCCUGUAAU